AUGGACUCCGAGCAAUUCAGAGACGCAGCCCAUGCAACAAUCGAAGACAUAAUCACCUACUUCAACAACAUCCCGAACCAACGCGUCCUCCCAACCGUCGAACCAGGCUACCUGCGCCCCCAAAUCCCCUCUUCCCCGCCAGAGUCCCCCGAAUCCUGGCCCGCCAUCCAAGCUGACAUCGACGCCAAAAUCAAGCCGGGCAUCACACAAUGGCAAUCCCCCAACUUCAUGGCCUUCUUCCCCGCAACCGUCACAUACCCCUCCAUCCUCGGCGAGAUGUACUCUGCCGCAUUCAACGCCCCGGCCUUCAACUGGCUGUGCUCCCCGGCCUGCACGGAGCUCGAGACCGUCAUGAUGGAUUGGAUGGCGCAGGCACUGGCUCUACCGAACUGUUUCCUCUCCACGAGCGAGAAUAAAGGAGGUGGUGUUAUUCAGAUGAGCGCCAGCGACGCCGUGGCGACGGUUAUGAUUGCGGCACGGGAACGGCGCGUGCAUGCGCAGGCGAAGAGUGAGGGAUUGAAAGAGGGCACCGAAGCCUACGAAGACAGAGUCAUGGAUCUCCGCCCGAAACUCGUUGCACUGAGUAGCAGCCAGGCACACAGUAGCACGGCCAAGGCGGCGCUGCUGGCCGGCACGCGGUACCGCAGUAUCGCAGUGUCCUUGGAGAACGACAUGGCGCUUACGGGGGCCGAACUGCGAUGCAUGCUGGAGGAAUUAGACGGCAAGGGGCUAACGCCGUACUUCAUCACGCUGUGCUUCGGGUCGACGAAUUCGUGUGCGGUCGAUCGCUUCGCGGAGAUCCUGGCCGUGCUGAAGGAGAAGCCGGCCUGGCGCCAGAUCUGGGUGCAUAUCGACGCGGCGUAUGCGGGUGCGGCUUUGAUCGCCGACGAGUGGCAGUACAUCGCGCAGGAUUUCGCGGACGGCGUCGACAGCUUCAACGUCAAUAUGCACAAGUGGCUCCUCGUCAACUUCGACGCAAGUCUGCUGUACGUCCGCAACCGCCACGACCUCACGGACUUCCUCGACAUCACGCCCGCGUACCUGCGCAACCCGUUCUCCGAGUCCGGGCAGGUCAUCGACUACCGCAACUGGAGUAUUCCGCUGGGCCGCCGGUUCCGGGCGUUGAAGAUCUGGUUCGUUAUGCGCAGCUAUGGACUCUCUGGUAUGAAGAGUUUCGUGCGCAAGGGAAUUACGCUGGGCGAGACCUUCGCGGACUUGGUCCGCUCUCGGGGUGAUUUGUUUGAGAUUGUCACGAAGCCUGUGUUUGGACUUACGGUGUUCCGGGUUAAGGCUGCGCACCUGGCGAAUGGGAAUGGUGUUGACGUGAACGGGGUGAUCGUAAAGCCCGAUGAGAAGGCUGAUGCGGUCACGAAAGAAGUCUACGAGACGAUCAAUGCGCGCGGGGAGAUCUUCAUCACGAGCACGGUUAUGGCGGGGAUCUAUGCGAUUCGGGUUGUUAGUGCGAAUGAGCGGGCGGAGGAGCAGUAUAUCAAGAGAGCGUUUGAGAUUAUUCUGAGGACGGCGGAGGAGGUACGGGGUAAAUGGAAGGGGCUGUGA